ACUUGCCUGCCUAACAUCCCUAAUCUCGCUGACCGACACUCAUUGGCAUUUUCACUGUACGCAAACGUUUGCAAAUUGCGAUUGCUCGGCCAAAAAGUCACUUAAAUGUGCAAAAUUAAUGCACAAUUCAAACAGUAAAAACUGAAGUGGAGUCAUGGACGAAGAAUAUUCAACGGCGUCUUCGGCCGGUGGCGGCGGCGGUAAAAAGGCCGGUGUUGGCAAACAGCAUAACACGCUUCCAUUAUGGGGCAAUGAGACAUCCAUGAACCUCAAUCCCCUAAUUUUGGCUAACAUACAAAGUUCCAGCUACUUCAAAGUGCAUCUAUUCAAGCUGAAAACGUACCAUGAGGUCGUCGACGAGAUCUACUACCAAGUUAAGCACAUGGAGCCCUGGGAGCGAGGCUCGCGCAAAACCUCCGGCCAGACGGGCAUGUGCGGCGGUGUACGCGGUGUUGGCGCCGGCGGCAUCGUAUCCACCGCCUACUGUCUGCUCUACAAGCUUUACACGCUGCGUCUGACCCGCAAACAAGUGAAUGGACUACUCAACCAUACAGACUCAGCCUACAUUCGGGCACUAGGUUUUAUGUACUUACGGUAUACGCAGCCGCCAGGAGAUUUGUAUGACUGGUACGAGGACUAUCUGCAGGACGAAGAGGAGAUCGAUGUCAAAGCGGGCGGCGGCCAGGUGUUAACUAUUGGCCAGAUGGUGUAUCAGUUCAUGACCAAGUUGGACUGGUUCUCCACGCUCUUUCCGCGCAUACCCGUGCCCAUACAGAAGCAGAUUGAGAAGAGGAUUGAACAAUAUUGCCGGGAGCAGGGCAUGACGAUCAACCAGCUGAGCACGGGACGAGGCAACGCUGUGGCAGCAGCUGCGCCAGGCUCUACCGCAGCCGUUGCCACGGGCUGUGAUGACUAUGACGGCGGAAGCGGCAGCGGAAGUGGGCGUGGACAUGCUGUGGCACGUUCCGGUGUAGGAGGCGGAGGUGCCUACCCGCCGGUCAACUAUCGUAAUGAUCAUGACGAUCGCGACUAUUAUGCAACGCAAGCAUCUGGCUCUUCGUAUGGACGCAGUCGUUGCUACGAGGACUACCCACCGCCGGCGCCAGCGUCGUCGAUGCUUCCGUAUGGAAAUUCCGAGCGGGAAAAGGACUAUGGUGACCGUGGCGAACGUGGUGAUCGAGUCGAGCGUCGUCGCAGCAGCAAGCACAAGAAAAAGCACAAGCACAGGCAAAACUCGCGCAGUCGCAGCCGCAGCAAGAGUCGCAGCGCCAGCCGUGCCCGUCAUCGCCACGAUCGGAAACGCGAGGAGCGUGGCACCCGGCAUCGGUACAACGAUCACCCCGAUGAACGGGAGAAGGACAAGGAUAGAGAGCGAGAGCGGGAUAGAGAUAGAGACAGGGACAGAGAAAGGGAGCGCGAUCGUGACCGUGAGCGGGAACGGGAACGGGACCGACGCCAUCGUUGAAACUGACAAAGUUGUUUUUCUUUAGCAAACUGAAAAUUGUUUCUUUAUAUGUAGAACACUUGAUUUAUUAUAUGUAAUGACAUUUUUUUUCUAUAAUCCUACUCCUCCUUGUCCUUCUCCAUUUCAUUACGGUCCAGUUCAGUGCAAGUAUGCAACUCCAGCGCUUCGCAUUUAACUGGACUUUUACUCAGGUUAAAAACAAAUAUACACACACCCACAUCCACAUACACACAGACACACACACACACACACACACACACACAUACAAGCAUACAAGCAUGCAUACAGACAAGCAGCAUUAUGGCUAUAUUUUGUAAUUCAUAGCUCUUAACUUUUAACACUGAAUGUAAAUUUUUCAAGUUGUGUUUUUAAUGCAAAAUAAAAAGAUAACAUUUGUUUAAG